AUUAGUAUUGCAUAUACUUGAUGCAUUUUCAUUAUUCUGUAUAAAUCUAAUAUAUCUAUCACGUGGUUACACUCAUUCUACUUGCAAAAUCUGUUGGCUCCUCUUUAAGAAUAAAUAAUCUUUCGCCAGCUGUUUUCAAUAUGUCAAGACAUCUAAAAUUCAUGAGCUUCAACGUAAGGUCAACUCAGUUUGGUUCUUUAUUUUUGAAGGAGUAUGUUGUUGACUGUGCUGUCGAUAUUCUGGGUCUCAGUGAGACUUGGCUAACUCCAGACGUUGAUACCUCUUCAGUAUCAAUGUUAUUCGUUAGAGCAGAUCGAAAUAGCAGAGGUGGAGGCGUCGCGUCUUAUGUGAGAAAUGGUAUUGCCUUCAAAAUAUUGCACUCUAAUAUCACCACAGUAUUGGAAGCAUAUUGGAUCUCUGUAAAGGUUAAUACACGCAAAUAUUGUGUAGGUGUAGUCCACCGUCCACCAUCGGUAAACGUUCAUGAUUGUUUUCAUUAAUUAACUGAGCCUUUAGCCAACUUUUCACUCGAUAAUGAUUACGCAAUUCUCAUGGGCGAUUUUGAUAUUAAUGUUUUAGUGAACGACGGCUGACCCGAGAUAUUUAGCUGUUUUUUGGGUCCUUUGAUCUUUCCCAGUUAGUAAAAUAGCCCACCCGCUAUAGACUUGCUCAUGUUACCUCUGCUGAUAUAAUAGGUAGUUAUGAAGUUGUUGAUGUAGCUGGAAUAUCUGAACAUCUGGCCUCAAUAUUAUAUGUAGAUGCAUCGGAGAAACCUAUGUAAGCUGAGGACGUAUCAUGAUUACUCACCUUU